AUGCAUCGUUCCGCCCAAGUUGCCAAAUCAAAAAAGCCACGAGUCCAUGUUCUCGGACUAGGAAGCAUUGGAACAUUUGCUGCACACUCUCUAUUUGAACUCCCUGACCUUCCUUCUGUCACCCUUCUCUGCCACCGUCCGUCCCUCCUCGAUGCCUACCGCGAUAACGGAAACCAAAUUCUUCUAGAAACAAGAGAAGGAGAUGAGAUCGGACGCAAGGGAUAUGACUUUGAAGUUUUCCGCGAUGGAACGUGGUACUCAGGCUCCGAAAUAGAAGGCAGUGACUGUUCGGCGCAGACCGGCGUGAUUGAGAACCUCAUAGUAGCCGCAAAGACUACACAGACGAAUGGCUGCGGCACGAUCGACGAGGUCAACACGCAACUCUUUCCGAAGUCGGUCGAGCGUCCGAAUUAUAUAGUCGGUGUCAUCUCCCAUGGCGUCACUCUGCACAAGUCCUUCCACAUCACACACACCGGUUGUGCAGCGACGUCACUCAGCCCAGUCCCCAGAUCGACAGAAAAUCCGACCGACGGCACAGAAAAAGCCUCAAGUUACCUCCUCGAUCACCUCCCACUCUCGCCUCGUCUGAAUGCCACUUCGUAUACCUACACCGAGGUUCUGCAGAUUCAGCUGGAGAAACUAGCCGUGAACGCGUUCUGUAAUCCGUUAUGCGCCCUAAACGACGCGGAGAACGGCUUUCUUUUCACGAUCCCCGAAAUCAGACGCGCGAUCUUGACCGAGAUCUCGAAUGUGGUAUGUGCACUACCAGAGCUGCAGCACGUCUCAAACCUCAAACAGCGAUUUGCAGUCGACAAGCUGGAAGCAACAGUCAAUGCGAUCAUCGAGAAAACAUUCCAUACUACGUGUUCAAUGGUGUGGGACCUCCGAGCGGGGCGUCAAACAGAAAUUAAGUUCAUCAAUGGGUAUUGGGUGAAACGGGGCAAAGAAGUCGGGGUUGCGACACCUGUCAAUGAAGAUCUAGUGGCGAAAGUUGGGAUGCAAGAACGAAAGAAUUGA